AUGAGUCAGAACCAGCCUCAAACGCAGUCGAUUAUAACGCAAGUUACUCCAGAUGGUGGGGGUGCUUCUGGUGCACUGCUUGGACAAGAUGGGUCAUAUAUUGAUUACGAACAGUAUAAUGAGGAGGAUACACUUAUCCAUUUGAAUAUUCAGGAGAAGCAUUAUUACAUCACACGCACUCAAUUGAUGUCUUUGCCAGAAUCGUUGUUGCUUUGCCUUUUCCCCAGUGGUGUAUUCAUGGAUAGGGAUGGUCAAAUCAUUACUAAUUUGACCCCAGAUGAUGAAGUUUACAUACCUAACUUUUCUACGGAAUGUUUUGAAUACAUUAUGGACGUGUACAAUCAAGCACACACAGAUUAUUUAAAUUUCCCAGUCAAUGAAAUCUUUAAUCGUAAAGGCACCAAUGGUAGUUCAAGCGGUGGGAAUAACUUUUUCAAUUUUGGUUCUUCGAAUAAUUCAAGCAGUUCACAGGAAUCAGAGAUCUUGCAUGAAAAACCUGGUAUUAUCGUAUUAAGAGAAGAUUUGGAUUACUAUUGUGUGCCACAAGUCUCCGUAGAAUAUCCAGAAGGAUCAUCUGAUAUGGAGAAAGAGGAACUCUUGCAUAACUUGAUGGUGCAAAUCAAACUGGCUGCUGGCAGCCAUUUGUUGAAGCAAACAUCUGUAUUCUUGGGGUUGAAGUCCUCGAAUAGGGCCAAGAAACCAACAAAAUCGAAUCAAGUUGAUGGGACCAAGUCCAGUACAGGUACUGUGAAGUUGGGGUCAGCUGAACAACAUUUGAUGGAUAUGCUAUGUUCAUCAGGGUUUAAAACUGAAUCUGUGUGGGGUAACAGAAGUCAAGAGAUGGAUAAGACUGUCAUAAGUUCGUUGUCUCUUUGUAGACUUGCCAAUGAGACAACUCAAGAAUUCAGAGAUGCAGUCGCAGUCGCUAAGGCAAAGUACGACGAUGAUCAAAAAAGUAUUGCGUCCACAAUGACAAAUGACACAAGUUCUAACAUGAAGUUAACACCAACUCCCUCACGGACUGAUGUUAAACGUAAAUCGAGAUUGUCUGUAUUCAGUGAAAAUGUUCGCUCUCGUUCCAGAUCACGAAACAGAUCUGCAUCAAGACAACGAGCAAAUGAAUCUCCAACCUUGUACGAAUUGGUCCCGAAACCAGACAUCAACACAAAACUAUUAUUGUUUUGGAAGAAACCUGCAAGAAAGUGUUGGUGGGGUCAAGAGCUCGUUGAUUUGGAAGUUGACUUCCCUGCAAUCUUUGAAAAUGACACUUUAACCAUCUUCCCAGAUAAUAGCAAAAUCCAAAAACUGAAAGUACCUGUCAAAAUACACAUUAGAAGGGUAUGGACCCUUGAAUUGUCCGUUAUUGGUAUCCAAUGA